AAGUAUGUUACAGUCCAGGCGACUGAGGAAGUUGGUCCUUUCCCCAUUCUGUCACUAAAUUGUAUUUCCAUUGACUUUUUCAAGUAUUUAUUAAGAGCAUGCAUGGGAACUCAUAUGUAUUGUGUUUACAUUUCUCUAGCUUUUGUUCAGAUCUGUUGUAGACGUAUUUAUUGACAUGAUGCCAUUUUUCCUCUGUGUUUUGUAUGAGUUUGUUUUGGUUUUGGUUUUUUGAGUCAAAGUUUCUCUGUGUAGUUCAGGCUUAUGUUGAACUCAUUACGUAGCCCAGGUUGGCCUUAAACUCACAGCAAUCCUCCUGCCUCAGCCUUCCAAGUGCUGGAAUUGUCAGUGGAUGCCACCUUGCCCAGCUUGUAUGAAUUUUUCGUUAUUUUGUUUUGUUCCCCAGUUUUGUUUCUCAGUACUUGGGACUGAACUUGGUGCUCAACCAUUGAGCUAUAUCCAUCGUCCUUUUUAUUCUUCCAUAAAAUGUUCUGGCCUAGCCAGGCCUGGUCGCACACACCUAUAAUUCCAGCACUCGGGAGGCUAAGGUAGGAGGGUGGUUGUGGGUUGCAAAGUGAGCUCAAGGCCAACCUGAAAUGCAGAGUAAGACCGUGUCUCAGAAAGCUAAAAAUCAAAUAAAAUGUUCUGGCCUCAAACUUGCAAUUCUCCUGCCUCAGAUCCUGAGUAGCUGGGAUUACAGAUGUGUAUCAGCACAACCUGCAUAUGUGAGUUCUUCAUAAAACUUCGUAACUAUGCUGCAGUGCUUUUUCCUGGAAGAGUUCCAUAAUGCAAAAAGCCUUUUGUACAAUAAGUUUGUGUUCUAGGAAAUUUGAAUGCACUUAGAUGGAAUUAAAAUUGUAUCCUUGUAAAAUGGCUAGCAGCCAGGCAUGGUGGCACAUGAGGCAGGAGGAUCCUUGCAGGUUUGAGACCUGUCUGGCCUACAAAGUAAGCUAAACACCAGCCUGAACUGCAUAGUGAGACCUUGUCUCGGAACAAAAGAAGAAAAAAAGUAAAAUGGUUAGCAUUGCUUAGGCUGGGGAUGUAGCUCAGUGGUGAGUGCUCACCCAGCAUGCUUGAGACCCCCUGGGGGGAGUCCAGCGCUAGCACCCAAAGGGAAAAAAGUUAACACACUCAAUGAGUUAAAUGUGAAUUUUGAUUCGCAGUUGUCAGAAAUACACUGUGGAGAUAGCUUAGGUAGGCUGAUUUUAAUGUUUGGUAUGGCAAUUUUAUGAAUUAGCUCACUGCUUCAGCAUUAACUUAGUCUUUGCAGGUGAACAUUAUCCGAGCCCUUAGGUUAUAAACCAGUAGUGACACAGCUGAGCAGCCAGGCAGUGCUGGGUUUUGCUCUCAUCCUGGCACUGGGUCACAUGCUGUGGACCAGUCACAGCUCUGCGAGGCUGUCCUUUAGUCACUUAUGCAACAAAGUCCCUGAAAGCCCGGAGAACAGGGUUCAGAGGUUGAGUGCACAGAGGUGCCUCAGAGGAGGCAACAGCCCCACAUCCCCUCUGUUCCUGGCAUGUGUACCUCUCCAUCUCUGCGUGUGUAAGAUCCUAUGUAAUGAGGUGGCAAACACACUUCCCUGAGUUCUGGGGGCCCUCCACUGGCUGAACCCAGUGAUGGGAUAUGGCUUAUGGCCUACUGGUUAGAAAGAAGCUCAUGGCAAAGCUGGGGGUAGUGGUGAUUCACAUCUGUAAUCUCAGCCCCCUAGGAAGCUGAGCCAGGAAGCUUUCAAGUGUGAGCCUAGUUUACUCAGUGUAGCAACUUCAUGAGACCCUGUCUCAAGGGGAAAAAAGAAAAAGAAUCACAGGCUACACACUGGGCUGCAACUGCAUCUAGUGUCUGUAGCCCUCCCGAGGUCUGACAUGACCUCAGGGUGUGUCAGAACUGAACUGAGGCAGGGGCUCCAAGGAGCUUGUGUGGGGGUAGACUCCCACAGCUGAGAUCAACCUCUACGUUGUGAGUGUAUAGCAAGAGAAACUGAGCCUGAGGAGGAGCUGGUUUCCUGCUGUGAUGUCACUGUAAAUGGAUUAGGAAACAUCUGGUGGAUUGGUGGAGCACAGUGGGUGUGUCUGUACGUGACUGACACGUGGGCUGUGAACUGAGGCGGACGGACCCUUCCCAAGUGUUGGUGGUACCAACCAAUAGGCUUUCGACUGAAUGGGAUAAAAAGGGAAAGAAGGAAGUCUGGGCUACGUUCCUUUGGAGGAGCUCCAGUUUCCACCAUCAUCUUGGGACGUCCACCUGCAGUUCCUUUAGGCUUCCAGUGCGGACUCUUGUGCUUUCCAGCAGGGACUCACACCAGAUUGCAGUGAGCAUCGGUCCUCUGACCUCCAACUGGGUCCUCAGCUCUCCAACAUGCACACAGUCCUGACUCAGCAGCCACUGUGAGCAUAUUUAUUGCAGCAGUGUCUUUCUAACAGAAGUUCUCACCCAGCGCCUGUGGAAAUGGAGCAGGAGAAGGUGCACAUGAGCAAGGAGCCAGGCCCAGACACGGCCGCUUAUGGCUGUCCCGCGUGCCAGGGGGAGGAGAGCUGGAGCUGCAGACACCCGGUCCGGGGCCGGGCCAAGUCCCGCAGCCUGUCGGCUUCGCCUGCCCUGGGCAGCACCAAGGAGUUCAGGAGGACACGCUCUCUCCAUGGACCGUGCCCAGUGACCACGUUUGGACCAAAGGCCUGUGUGCUGCAAAACCCCCAGACCAUUAUGCACAUCCAGGACCCUGCGAGCCAGCGGUUGACGUGGAACAAGUCCCCAAAGAGUGUGCUCGUCAUCAAGAAGAUUCGUGAUGCCAGCCUAUUACAGCCCUUCAAGGAGCUCUGCAUGUACCUCAUGGAGGAGAAUGGCAUGAUCGUGUAUGUGGAGAAGAAGGUGCUAGAGGACCCUGCCAUCGAGAGUGAUGACAACUUUGGACCAGUGAAGAAGAAAUUCUGCACCUUCCGGGAAGAUUACGACGACAUUUCCAACCAGAUUGACUUCAUCAUCUGCCUGGGUGGAGAUGGGACCCUGCUGUAUGCCUCCUCGCUGUUCCAGGGCAGUGUGCCUCCUGUUAUGGCCUUCCACCUGGGCUCGCUGGGCUUCCUGACCCCGUUCACCUUUGAGAGCUUCCAGUCACAGCUGACCCAGGUGAUCGAAGGGAAUGCGGCCGUUGUGCUCCGGAGCCGGCUGAAGGUCAGGGUGGUGAAGGAGCCCCGCACCAAGAAGCUGGCCGAGCACAAUGGACUUGGCGAGAGCGGGAACGGGUUGCCCAGCCCCCAGCUGGAGGGCGGGAAGCAAGCCCUGCAGUACCAGGUCCUGAAUGAGGUGGUGAUCGACAGGGGCCCCUCCUCCUACCUAUCCAACGUGGAUGUCUACCUAGAUGGACACCUCAUCACCACUGUGCAGGGUGACGGAGUGAUUGUGUCCACCCCAACGGGCAGCACGGCGUACGCGGCUGCAGCCGGUGCCUCCAUGAUCCACCCCAACGUACCCGCCAUCAUGAUCACGCCCAUCUGCCCGCACUCGCUGUCCUUCCGGCCCAUCGUGGUCCCUGCGGGGGUGGAGCUGAAGGACCCACCCCCGUCCCCUCUCGGCCUGUCAGAUCAUGCUGUCACCAGAAGCCAGGAACACUGCGUGGGUGUCCUUGGAUGGACGGAAGCGGCAGGAGAUACGCCAUGGAGACAGCUGUGCUGGCCUUGGCUUGGUGGCCUCUGUGGGAGUUGUCAGCCACAGUGUGGGUCCCAGCUCCGGCUCCUCUGCAGCAUCACCAUCACUACCUCCUGCUACCCGCUCCCCUCCAUCUGUGUCCGUGACCCCGUGAGCGACUGGUUUGAGAGCCUGGCACAGUGUCUGCACUGGAACGUGCGAAAGAAGCAGGCGCACUUCGAGGAAGAAGAGGAGGCGGCCGAGGGUGUGGAGGAGAGCUAAGAGGCUCCGUGGGUGCCUGGGCUUCAAGCUGCAGCGGGCCAGGGCUUGGGCCACCUUUUGCGAUCAGAUGAGCUUUUUAACAUUUUUAAAUCUGAGUUUUUACAUUUCUGAUGAGGCAGAGUGAGCCUAAGCAGUGAGUCCUGGCUGCCCUGGAGCAGGGCCCUCACUGCUGCAGUCUGGGGUCCCACGAUGAUAACAGGCUAGGCUUUCCCAGCCCGGGGGCUCGGCCCCCACAUUCCUUCCCCGGGUGGCAGUGGCUCCCCGGGGUGUCGUAGAGGCUGUGCGCUCUUUGGAGGCUCUUUCCCACCGUCUGAAGUGCUUAUGUACAUAUUUUCUUGUACACACUUGUGGAACUGGGGCAAGGGACCCACCCAUGUCCCUGUUUACACUGUGUCCAGGAGGCAGCUGCUCCACGGCGGAGACCCUGCAGCGGACCUGCUGCCUGCUGGGACGGGUGAUGAGGACACGAGCGGGGUGGGGGGCCGCUGGGGCUCCCUGUCUACACCGCCAUUGGCUCCGUUUGUGGGUUUUCAUCUUUGCUGCUGAGCUGGUGACAGCAGGAAGAUGGGGCACCCUUCCUGGCUGUACCCUGAAGGGCACAUGUGGGCGGAGCCUGAGCACCUCCUUCUCCAUGCGUCCUUGCUGCCUGUGAUCCCAGCUACUCAGAAGGCUGAGGCAGGAGGAGCACAAGUUCAAGGCCUGCCCUUGUACCUCAGUGAGACUUCGUCUCAAAAUGAAAAAUGAAAAGGGCUGGGGAUGUGGCUCAGGCCCAUGCCCCAUCUCCAGCCCCCCAGGUCCUGACCCCAGCCAGGCACCGGGACUCAGAGGUUGGGCCGUCCUUGCCUGCCUGUUGCCCAGCAGGGCGUGGCCUGCCUGUCUUGACAAGAGUGGGUGAUGACCAAGCUGUCCUCAGCUGUCCUCAUCAGCUCCUCCUGGGCUGCGUGAGAACCCUUGGGCUUUUGAAGUAAAUUCUUAAUGUUUCAUAUUGUUAAUACCUUGGAAAUUUGUUAACUGUUACUGAAAGCCUUAGUACUAUUUUUAGAUCCUUUCAAUAAAAAAAAACUUAUAAAAAAAUA